GACAGCUUGAAGGCGUUUUUCUUCAACAGAAAUCAUGCCUCAUUACUCUUACAUUACUCGAUGUGAGUCCUUUUCCGCCGCUCAUCGACUGCAUUCUCCUCUUAUGAAUGCAGAAGACAACUUGGCUAUAUAUGGCAAAUGCAACCAUCCCAACUCUCAUGGUCACAACUACAAAGUGGAAGUGACAAUGAAAGGAAAGGUCGACCCUGUGACAGGUAUGGUCAUCAAUAUCAAGGAUUUGAAGGAGUGUCUUCAAGUGGUGAUGGAGAACCUUGAUCAUCGAAAUUUGGAUAAGGACGUGGAAUAUUUUUUCAACAAACCAAGCACCACGGAAAAUCUAGCCAUUUACAUUUGGAAUGAAUUUCAAAAGAUAUACAUGGUGCAUGCCAAUGCGCCCGUGCGCACCGCCAGACUGUACAGAGUGAAGAUCUAUGAGACCGACAGUAAUCAUGUCGAAUAUAUGGGUGAAGAGACCCCAGAGUGACCCUACAUCAAGCUGGUAGAUUUCUAGCUUAGACUAUAGAGAUGCCAUGAUUUAGCAUGUAUUGAAUAUCCCCCUCACGCAAUUGUUCCUUUCUCUCCUCCGUCACCAUCAGCUGUGUGAUUCAUUCGCCGGCUGACUGUCUAUAACCCUUACGUAGCUUUAUUCUAUAAUCCAAUGAAAAUUUUCUUUUCUAAUUACUUUGAUACUGAGACUCUAUGCAAAUGGUUUUUGGCUAAGGGGGUCACGGGCGGUUCGCAGAAAGACAGAAAUGCUCCCGUAGACACUGCCCGCGAUAACCAUUGAUAUUCACAAUAUGAACCCUU